AUGGGAUUCAUAAUUAACGAUGCCAAAAAAAAUGGCGUGAUUAAAACGAGUCCCGCAGAAGCAAUUCAUGAGGAGACCACAAGUGAAAUUUAUGUGGGUGAAUCCAACAACGAGAGAAAAAAUGGAGAACAAUGCUUAGAUGGAAAGGGACUCGUUCCAUUAAGUGAUGGUGAAACCCCAGGGGGGGAGAAACCCGCUGUGGAGAGCGAAGGCUAUGUCAUGACUAGCCACGACAAUGAAAAAGAACAACCAUGUGAUGUCAACUCAGGAGAGCAUGCUCAAUGGAAUGGCAACAAGGGUAUUCAACGGGAUGCGUCUAUGGACGAGAUUGAGGUGAGUAACCGCGAGGGAGAGCAAUCGUUUAGCUCACACAACAUGCUUAACAUGGCUAACCCAGUCAAUCCAGUUGACACAUUGAUGCGAUUAAGAGAACCUCCUGUGUCGCAUUCCAACCUAAUUCAUCCCACCAACUUUCCCAUUCAGCAACACACAUGUUACAACGGAAGUGAUAUUAACGCGAAGAUGGAGAGAAAUGAUGAAGGAAAAAUACAAAGUUUGAAAAGUGGGAACGGCGACUUGAUCAAUACGAAUGAAGGAUGUGUUAACUCUGACUACCAACGUAACCGCAGUGAUGUGUCCUUCUUUCCUGGACCACAUCAACAAGGACAAGUCGAACCGACUGAACACCCAAAUAUGUUAAUCAGUACCAUGGAUCAGAAGCAGAGUAGCUUCUCAUUUCAAUCAACUUUGAUGAAUCCCGACGAAUGUGUCCUUACAGCAAAGGAUGGGGGAGGAGGUGAAAGCAUCGCCACCACUAACGGCCAGACAUGGAUUUGCAGCGCAGCAGUGAAUACAUCAUAUGGAGGGGAGGAAGGAGUGGCGGUAAUGCCACAUACAGCUUUGGAGAAUAAUGCACCAGAGCUUAAUCAGGCAAGUGGAAUGAUUACCCCGGGGGAAGUAUCGAGAGAAUUAACUGGGCACCUCGGUGAAGAGUCACCGCGGAGGAAAUAUCCUUCCUCGUCUGACAGGAAGCCCCCAAGUAGUGCCAAUUCAGAUGAUGACGAUGAGUCAAACAAAAUGAUAAAAAAGAAAAUAAAAAAAAAAGUCGAUGAGAAUGAUGAACUAUUUUAUGCCAUUAAUGAAUUCAUGAAAGAUGGACUGAAAAACGAAUGCAUUCCUUUGUUUGAGCGUCUUCAGCAGAAUUUGUUUUUUUUAGUGAUGCUCGCGAACAUCCCGAAUGACAACUUCGAUGAGCAGGACAGUAGUUCGUCGGAUUAUUAG